UUUAUAUACUUGUUUUAAAAUGUUUUGGGUAUUUUAUUUUAAAUCAUAAAAAUUAUUGAUGUCAAAUAAAAUACACUUUAAACAUUUGAGAGGAGAGAAUUUUAAAUUCAUCCCCCCUACCUUUCGUACAUGGCUUUGAGUGGAGGGUCUCCCACUUUGUAAUGUGUGGAGGAGAAGCUUUGGACAAAAUCACUUUGGCAUUUUGUUAUUGUUGAUGUUUUAUCACCUUGAUAAAAUAAAAGGAUUUUUCACACACACCACACACUUGAACUUCGGCCAAGCAAAGAGAGGAAAGAGAAAAUAUUUGAGUUCCCAAAUAUUAAUAUUUUGUGUAGAAAAUUGAUAUAAUAUUUUCUUUAAAAUAUUAUUGAUAUAUUUUCUACUGUUUAAUAUACAAGAUUUAUAUUAUCCCUAAAAUAAUCUUUAUAUUAAAUAUACUAUUAUAAUCUUUACUAGCAUAAAGAUUAUAGUAGACUCCGGAGAUUGUUCGUGUGUCAAAAUUGGAGGCCGGACGCUUGAACGGCUACGUUUGCUCCUUCAACACCUUUUGCUCGACUUCUCGUUCAUACCGCUUUACUGGAGAAGGUAUAAGUUUCUAUCUCUAGCUAUAGUUUUAGUACGUAUUCUUGGGCUAGUAAUCACUAUUGGGAGAUUAAAUUUUUGUAUUUCCGCUGCCCUCCCUACCGUGGUUACCUUUCAGCCCCCUCUUGGCCCUCCAAUUACCCUUGCAAACUCCCCAAAGCUGUCCACACUACAAGGGACCCUUUCUGCUUCAGCCCCAGCUUUCACCCCUCAAAAACAUGUCACUACACCAAGCCAAACUUUUGAUAUGGCAUGUAUACAACCUCUUCAUUUCCAGGGAUGUUCUAAUUCAGACAAUGAUUUGGACAGCCCUACUUGGGGGGAAAACAUAGGGUACAACUCCGGGCCUGAAAUUAAACUUCUGGACAACUCGAAAAAACUUCCAUCAAAUGACUCUGAAGAUGAAUGGGUAACGGACAGAGGCUCAGACGAGGAGGAAGACUGGCACGCCCAUAAAGAGGUCAACAAGAAAAAAAAACCUGAAGAAAUUUGACCAAUUGUGUUUGCAAUUCAAGGAUAGUCCCCAUCCAAGAAGAAGUAAGAGAUUAACAGAACUUAAAGCCAAGCGUGUUUGGGAACAAAUUUGAUUGGUGAGAAUGCUGUCAAGAUUUACUUCUCAUGAUUUUUCACCCCUUCCUUAAUCCGGUGCUGAAGGUUAUCAGGUUAUAGAUUAUCAUACUCCAUUUCUGGUCUGAGAAUGACAGGAUAUUUACACUAACUUUGGAUGGCGUUUUAAAUAUGGGUUUGGCGCUUUUGUGUCAUGGUACAUUCCAACUAUUUAGUGCCCCAAAUCCAGUCAACAGUUUCAAUAUGGAUAUGAGUGAAUUCCCUCUUUUAUCUCGUUUAUAUGAAGCAUACAAAGAAGUGCCUGCUGUUCAAAAUGCUAUGCCAGAGAAAAACCCUGUCAACACUUCGGAUGGGCAAAAUUUCUGUCAUCCAUUUUGGAGCUGUUUCAUGAGCUUAGCUAGAAUUGCAGGGCAGAACUUAGUGACACCCAUACCAUAACAUUUGGACAGACUGCCUUUUGCUCUCCUCAUGGAAUUAUUUUGGUUUGUAGUAAUUACUCUUUUUGGGACAGCUUGUAGGGAUCCGUCCCAUCCCCCUUUGUACUUUUUCC